AAGGAGAAGUGCGUCAUCUUGAGCAGCCGAGGCGUGACGUCGCGGUACCGGCACCUGAUGUUGGACACCAUGACGCUCAUCCCGAACAGCAAAAAAGACAGCAAGCUGGACUCGAAAAACCCGAAAGACGCGGUCGUGGAGGUCGCGGACAUGAAAUCGUGCAGCAGCGCGAUGUUCUUCGAGUGCAGGAAGCGGACGGACUGCUACAUGUGGCUCGCGAAGUGCCCGGAAGGCCCGAGCGUGAAGUUCCACGUCGAAAACGUCCACACGAUGGCGGAGCUCAAGCUCACGGGGAACCACCUGAAGUUUUCGCGGCCGGUCCUGCACUUCGACGCGACGUUCGACGACGCGGAGAAGCCGCACUUGGGGCACAUCAAAGAGAUGCUCACGCACGUGUUCGCGACGCCGUUCCGGCAUCACAAACAGAAGCCGUUCAUCGAUCACAUCUUCGCGUUUUACUACGAAGACGAUCGCGUGUGGUUUCGAAACUACCAAAUCGUGCACCCGGAGGGAAAAGAAGUGCGCGCGACCGGGGUGACUCUGUCGGAAACGGGGCCGAGGCUGUGUCUGCACCCGAUCAAGAUCUUCGGCGGCGCGUUCGGCGGCCCGACGCUGUACGACUCCCCGACGUACGUCUCCCCGAACGUGCAGCGCGCGGAGAAGAAGAAGGAGGACAUGGGGAAGUACGCGAGAAAGGUGGCGAAGAAGGCGGAGACAAAGGCGCACAAGCGGAUGAACGAGCUCAAGCCGGACGAGCUGAACGACUGGCUCGGGGAUGAG